GGGAAGAUGUGGGAAUGCUUUUAAAUAUGCUACGGUUCAGUGUUUGGGAUUAUAACAUAAAACCAUACACAAAGUUAUGGAAAUUAAUAUUUUGUUAGCAAUUUUUGGUUUCUUGGCUUUGGGUUUCUCAUUUGUCACUGCCACUGAUCCUGCACCUCUUGAUGACUUUUGUGUUGCACCAAGUGGCUCCGAGCUUGCGGUAAUUGAAAAUGGACAAUUAUGCAAGGAUCCAAAGUUAGUAAAAGCAGUCGACUUCUUCUACUCGGGGCUGAAUAUACCAAGAAACACAAAAAAUAGAAUAGGAUCAAAUUUCACUGAUGUAACGGUUGAAGAAAUAAAAGGAUUAAAUAGCCUCGGAAUAUCCAUAGGCCGUGUCGAUUAUGCACCAAAUGGUAUAGCUCCUCCUACUUAUCAUCCUCGAGCAUCGGAGAUUCGUAUCGUCCUAGAGGGUACUCUCUAUAUCGGUUUUAUCUCAUCGAAUCCCGAUCAUCGUCUCUUUACAAAAAUUCUACGCCCCGGAGACAUUUUUGUAGUUCCAACUGGCUUAAUUCAUUUUGUAAAGAAUGUUGGCAAAACUCCUGCAGUUGCAAUUUUAGCACAUAAUAGUCAAAAUCCAGGGUCCGUAACAGUACCUGAUACAAUCUUUGGAUCAAAACCGCUUAUUCACCCUCAAGUUCUUGCCAAGUCAUUUCAACUCGAUAAAAAAACGGUGGCGUAUCUUCAGGAACAAGAUUGGAUUUAAAAUAUUUGUCAUGUAUUUCCAUUUUCAGUAGAUUUUGCAACAUAAUAAUCGUAAAGGCCGGAUUGGGUCUUGAAUUGAGUUUCACAGUAUUUCCUUAUGAUGAAAAAUAGAAUAUAUGUUAAAAGAAAUAAGCAUUUAGGUUUCUAUAUAUGUUGCAACUACAUUUAGCAGCCAAUUCGUUUCUCUUGCAUGUAUUGUCGUAUUUUA